CUAUGCCCUUGAAAAUCAGAUAGAAAACUCUCCCAUUGAAAAGUCAAAACAUACAAUACAAUGAAGCCGUUGGUUCCCAGCCAUCUCUCCUUCCUCGUUUCCAAGAUCCGACCUUCAUUUUUACUCCAAUUUCACACUUCCAUACCCAAAAAUCCUACACCCAUCUCGUUCCCCGAUCAUCAAACACCAAGAAGAUCAACCGAAGAUCAAAAUCUUUCAAUUCGAGAAGAACACAUAGUUAACCGAACCACUAUCCUCGAAACUCUAACAUGUUACAGCAACGAUUGGAAACGCGCUAUGGAGUUCUUCAAUUGGGUUGAAUCGGAAUACGGGUUCAAACACACAACAGAAACGUAUAAUCACAUGAUUGAUAUAUUGGGUAAGUUUUUCGAAUAUGAUCUUGCAUGGCAACUGAUCGAUAAAAUGCCUGAGAGAGACCAUACUACAUUUCGUGUAAUGUUUAAGCGUUAUGUUUCCGCACACCUUGUUCAAGAAGCAAUCAGUACAUAUCAUAAGUUAGGAGAAUUUAAUUUAAAAGAUGACACGUCGUUCUUGAAUCUUAUAGAUGCAUUGUGUGAGUAUAAACAUGUAAUCGAAGCAGAAGAGUUAUGUUUAGGUAAAGAUAAGAAGUUUAAAGAAAAGAUUGCGUCUUUUGAGAUGGGUACUAAAGUGUAUAACAUGAUUCUUCGUGGGUGGUAUAAAAUGGGGUGGUGGUCUAAAUGUAGAGAGUUUUGGGGACAGAUGGAUGAAGAUGGAAUUAGUAAAAAUUUGUUUUCUUAUUCAAUUUACAUGGACAUUCAAUGCAAGAGUGGGAAGCCAUGGAAGGCUGUGAAGCUGUAUAAAGAGAUGAAGAAGAAAGGGAUUAAAUUGGAUGUGGUGGCAUACAACACUGUUAUCCGUGCAAUCGGUGUUUCAGAGGGUGUUGAUGUGGCUGUUCAUCUUGGUCGUGAAAUGCUGGAAUUAGGCUGUGAACCAAAUGUUGUAACUUACAAUACAAUCGUUAAACUUCUGUGUGAAAAUGGGAGGGUCAAGGAGGCAUAUAAGGUGCUCGAUAAAAUGUCUAAGAGAGGAUGUGCACCCAAUGUGAUCACUUAUCAUUGCAUUUUCAGGUGCUUGGAGAAGCCGAAUGAGAUUCUUGCAAUGCUUGAUAGGAUGAUUGAGAGUGGUGUAUGUCCAACUAUGGAUACAUAUGUAUUGCUUAUAAGGAAAUUUGGGAGAUGGGGUUUUUUGAGACCGGUUUUUAUAGUUUGGGAGAAGAUGGAAAAUCAUGGUUUGAGUCCGAAUGAAUUUGCUUAUAAUGCUUUGAUUGAUGCUUUGGUGGAAAAAGGUAUGAUUGAUAUGGCAAAAAAGUAUGAUGAAGAGAUGUUGGCAAAAGGACUCUCAGCUAAAUUGAGACCUGAGUUAGUGAACGGAGAAAAUGAGGAUGGAUGAUUGACAUAAGGGCCCGUUUGUAACACAUGAUAGGAAAAACAAGACUCAGACUGAUGUCAAUGAGACAAAAUUACAGUAAGAUUUAGUGCUUGAAGUUGGUCUCAAAUGGGUUCUAGGACAACUCGCCAUGGGAAGCUAGGAAGCUAGAGGAUGAUGGAAGGGAAGUGAAAACUAUGGAUAGUCGUGUGGCUUUCUAUGUAUUAUUAUUUGAUUUGCAUCUCAAAGCUUUCUUUUUUUGAGUUUUUCUUUGUUUUGAAGCGACAUAUGUAAUCCUUCAAGUCAACAUUGGCAAUCCACUACAAGUCAACGUUAUGUGUA